GCAACACGCAAUCAUACAACGUUUAGCCUAAAACGACCAACCUUGCUUUCAUAAUCAUCGAAGUUUUGUCGCAUUGCCUGGAACUUAAUAGUCAAACAGUACAUGGUACCAUAGCUUGAAACAUAUAUGUAUUGCUGCUAGACGAGCUGUAGGCCCAGAUAUUAAGAAAUGAGCGAGCGGCCACACCAAAGCGGGCCCAGAAGCUGGGCCGAGGAUUGUAAUCAAUACCGCACAACACGUGGAAGCAAAUCUUACUCCACCCUUGAAGACGCGGGGAGGGUUCCUGAAAGGUACUCGCGCACCAACUAUGUGCCAUUCUUAGCUGAGCGACACCCGCUAUACUCAUACAAUGAUCUCGGAGAGGACGGCAAAGGCAAAGUGCGCCUGGACCCGGCGACGCAGGCUGACCGCUUCUCCCGGCACGGCUGGGGCGACGUCUCGCUUCUGAAGCAAGAGGGUCUGGCAGGGCAGCCGCACCCCAGGAGCUCAGAGGCCGGGCCAACGCGGUCUGGCCGACUCCGACCUGGCUCGCCUCGCGGCGCUGAUGGGCGGAACGGGCUGUACGGCGUACUGCAGAUGACUGAGGCGGGCGGCACGGACAGCUGGGUGGGCCACCCGCAAAUCGACCCCACGAAAGGAAAGCGCGCGGUGGCGCCGCCCCCCGACCCCAAAGGCCGGCGGGACCUGUUCGAUGUGCUGCAUGCGCGAUCACCAGGCAUGCCCGCGGACGAUUCGUGGCUGGGACACCAAAAAAUCGACCCGGCGCGCGGCAAGGCGCACCCGCCCGGCCCGGAGCAGUCGCGCGGCCGGCGGGACCUGACCGAGCUGUUUACCAUGAACAUCCUGCACGACCCCAGGCGGUUGGAGCUGCUUCAAAAGGGCGCAGACAAACACGGAGACGCCUGGUGUGGCAACAUCCUCAUCGACCCCGCGCGGGGCAAGAAGCCGGUCGAGGACGUGGCGGCAGCGGGCCAGAACCUCCACGGCGCCACCUUCAAGCCCUUGCCCGCUGGCACGCCGCUGCCAGACGCACCGCGCCGCCACACGCGGCCCGCGCCGGCGCCCGCAUCAGACGCCUACGCGGCCGAGGUCAUACGCGGCGAGGCGGCGGGCGAUGAUUGGGGGCCACGCACGAAGCGGUCCGUGCCGGACAUGCCCAAGCCCAACGCCUUCGACGGGCGGACCGACCUGUACGCGCACAUGCAGUACCGGCCGCUGUCCAACGGCGAGCAGGGCAAGUACGCAAAGGCAUUCGACGACCGCGGCACACGCGGGCGGCGGCAGCUGCACACGCCCGGCGACGCGGACCCGGCAAAGGAGGCGCUCCUGACGUGGAAGCCGGAGAUGCGGGUGGGGCAGUUCGUUAAGAACGGGGGCCUGGCGCAGGAGAACCGGGUGCGGGGGCACACGUUGCGAGCCACAGCUGGGCGGUAGGCCUGGGUAGGGACGAGGAGGCUCCGGGGACGCUUUGCUGCGGAAGCAGGUCUGGCGGGGAGCAGGAGGGCAGAGAGCUUGUGCGUGCAGGGUUGUUUUGGGUUAGUGCAGCAUUGGUGAUUCGCAAUGAGGAGGCGAAAUCAAGGCGUGAAGCGCUAUGGCUUGCGACUUUUUGUGCAUUGCAUGUGCCCUAGGUGCAGGGUGUAGGGUGUACCUUAAGAGUGUGCUUAGCCUUAGCCAUGACGGUAUCAUCCAUGGAACCCAUGGAAAGCGUGGGGUGGCGGCAUGUGUGGCUUGGGUUCUGACGUUCCUGUGGUUACGGUAUUGCAAUUGAUUGCACGCGGUAUGCAUGGUUGCAACGGGAUGCACGUGCAUGGAUGGUACCAUGGGUACAGUGUUGGGGCGACAGGGCUACCCACCAGACGGGCAUGAGCGGCUCAGCAUGAGCACAUUGCGGCAAAGCACACGUUGCUCACGGCUUGGGUACCUACACUUCAUAGGCGUGGUGCAUUUUUAUGCGUGUCCGGCCCUACCGUGCCCCCUCCUCAAAAUUGUGUCCUGCGUUGUUAUAGAAUACAUGGCUUC